CUUGAAACGCACCGUAUUCCAAAACGAUGAUCUCAGCUUAGUUCCUUUCUAGACUCAUGAAGUUGUUUGGGGGAAAUAAAACGGGGGGCGCAUAUGGAGCCUUUACCAGUAUAUUAACUGUUUCGGCAACUGACAUGUGUCUCAAAAAGUGACUUGAAGUGAGUGGGAAAGUCUCAGCAAUGCAGUACAAACACAAGAGGCACUGAUUUUGCGCGUGCAAGAGGAUCGUCCGCGGUCUGUCUAGGGCUGGGUCCGUUAUCGUUGUAGUUGGCGGAAACCGGCUGGCCAAGAUGUCUGGGGAGGAACGGGAAUACCCCGAGGCGACACUGGUAACAGAGGCCGGGCCACAGUGGCUUCAAGCGGAGAUGGAACGUCUAUCCCGGGAGUUGAGUGAAACGACCCAUGAGAAGAUCCAGGCAGCGGAAUAUGGGUUGGCGGUGCUCGAGGAGAAACAACAACUCAAACAGCGUUUUGAUGAGAUGGAGACCGAGUACGAGACGGUUCGGCAGGAACUCGACCAGCUGAAGGAGGCGUUCGGCCAGGCCUACUCCACCCACAGGAAGGUGGCGGCGGAUGGGGAGAGCCGGGAGGAGUGUCUGAUCCUGGAGUCGGCCAGCAAGGAGGCCCACUAUCAGAGGCUGGUGCUGGAGCUGCAGACUGAGCUGAGGCAGGCCAGGGACGCCCUCGGCUGCACCCAGGCCGAAAACGAACGCAUGGCCUCCGUCGCCGUGGAGAUGAGAGAGAGCUGUGCUCUGGUGGAGCUGCAGCAGGGACAGCUGCGUGCAGACAUCAGGGAGUACAAGGUGCGGGAGGCGCGCCUGCUGCAGGACUACAGCGAGCUGGAGGAGGAGAACAUCUCCCUGCAGAAGCAGGUGUCCCUGCUGAGGCAGAGCCAGGUGGAGUUUGAGGGCCUGAAGCACGAGAUCCGUCGCCUGGAGGAGGACUCCCAGUGUCUCCACAGCCAGCUGGAGGAGGCCCUGCGUCUGAGGGAGAUCUCCGAGCGCCAGCUCUCCGAGGCCCUGGAGACCAUCAAGACUGAGCGCGAGCAGAAGGCGGCACUGCGUAAGGAGCUCUCCCACCACAUGACCAUCGGAGACGCCUUCUACCACAGCCCCCUGGCCGGCGUCUCGCUGGACGGUCUCAGGCUGGCCGAGGACCCCUCUUCCCCUGGCAGCGAGCCCGACCACGGCGCCCUGAUCCGGGGGCUGGAGAACGGCGUGUCCAGGGGGGGCGGCGGCGGGGAGGACCACAGGGGCGUGGGGGCCAAGCGAGGGGAGGCCUUCAGACCCGCCCCCAGCCUGGUGGAUGACCUGCUGAGCGAGCUGAACAUCUCGGAGAUUCAGAAACUCAAGCAGCAGCUCAUGCAGGUGGAGCGAGACAAGACGUCUCUGCUGUCCUCGCUGCAGGCCUCCCAGAAGCAGCUGGAGGAGGCUCACGGCUCCCUGGCCGAGCAGCGCGAGACGGUGGGCCGCCUCAGCGAGAACCUGAGCGCCAUGCGGAAGCUCCAAGCCAGCAAGGAGCGCCACUCGACCCUGGACAGCGAGAAGGAGCGCGACAGCAGGGACGACGACGGCGACGGCGGCGACUACUACGAGCUGGACAUCGACGGGCCGGAGAUCCUCCGCUGCAAGUACACGGUGGCCGUGUCCGAGGCGGGAGACCUGCGCCAGGAGCUGAAGGCCCUGAAGGCCGAGUACCAGGAGUGCCGGGCGCGGUACGACGAGGAGCGCGGCCGGCUGGAGGCCCACGUCCAGGAGCUGAGCUCCAAGCUGGCGUCCCUGGAGGAGAGCAGCCGGGCGGAGCGCCAGGAGGCGGCGCGGCUGGAGAAGGAGCUGCGGCAGGUGAGCGAGGCGGCGGGGGAGUCGCAGGGCAGCCUCAACGUGGCCCAGGACGAGCUGGUGGCCUUCAGCGAGGAGCUGGCCAACCUCUACAACCACGUGUGCAUGUGCAACAACGAGAUGCCCAACCGCGUCAUGCUGGACUACUACAAGGACGGCAAGGCCAGCCUGGGGCGGGGCCGCGAGGGCAGGGGCCGGAGGUCGUCCCCGGUCCUGCUCGCCAACGGCCUCGUACCGGAGUCGUCCGACCCCGGGAGCGCCGUCGACGACGCCGCCCCGGCCUCUACUCCCUCGACCCCCGAGCCUCGUGCCGAGCCCAUGAACAUCUACAACCUGGUGGCCAUCAUCCGCGACCAGAUCCGCCACCUGCAGCAGGCGGUGGACCGCACCACGGAGCUGUCCCGCCAGAGGCUGGCCUCCAUGGAGCUGGGCUCGGUGGCAGACAAGGACAAGGAUGCCUGCAUGGGGGAGAUCCUGAAGCUCAAGUCCCUGCUCAGCACCAAGAGGGAGCAGAUCGCCACCCUGAGGACCGUGCUGAAGGCUAACAAGCAGACGGCAGAGGUGGCGCUGGCCAAUCUGAAGAGCAAGUACGACAUUGAGAAGACGAUGGUGACAGACACCAUGAUGAAGCUGAGGAACGAGCUGAAGGGCCUGAAGGAGGACGCCGCCACCUUCUCCUCGCUACGCGCCAUGUUUGCCACGCGCUGCGACGAGUACGUCACCCAGCUGGACGACAUGCAGAGGCAGCUGGCCGCAGCCGAGGAUGAGAAAAAGACCCUGAACUCGCUCCUCCGCAUGGCCAUCCAGCAGAAACUGGCCCUGACCCAGCGCCUGGAGGACCUGGAGUUCGACCACGAGCAGGCCAGGCGCAGCGGCGUGGGCGGCCGGGGGAAGACCUCUGCCAAGGGCAGAGGAGCCGCCAACCACCACGCUACAUCUGCUCGUCAGUCACCUUCUCAUGUCCAGUCAACGCCUCCAUCGUUUCGUUUCAUAUGUGUAGGUGGUAGUCGACCCAUCUAACGUGUGUGUCACCAUUAGUGUGAGUCCUCUGUUUCUUGCAGUCAAAUGCAUAGCAUGCUCUGUCCUCCAGUCUCCAUCCACUCUGCACUCUAACCACAGCCACUAACUCAUCUUUCCAUCCUAACUUUACCUCACUAAAUGCACGCGAUUAACACACAAGUGAUUUAAUCGGGUGAAAAUUUUCCAAAUCCAUACCUGAUGAUUUUAACGGUAUUUCUUUUAAAUCUCUCCAAUUUUUUUGCAGUAACUAAAUCAUGCAGAAUUCUUCAGGUUGUAUAUGGCGUACCUUUCACCGUGGUGGAGAGAGAACCCUGCCGUUGACUAUACAAAAGCACACACGCACACACUGCCUUGUGGUAGACACACACACCAUUGAUCUUAAAGACGGACGUGAAUUCACGUGAAGUUUGGUGCAUCAGUGAGGCUUCCGGAAUCUAGAGUGUGUGGGUGUGGACCUCCUGACCCCACCAGCCCCCCUCCCUGACUCCACCAGCCCCCCUUCCUGCCCCCACCAGCCCCCCUCCUUGACAUUUCUCCUUGAUAAUCCCUCUGAGUCAACACCUGACCCCGCCCCCCUGUUACUGCGCACUUUUGUUACAGUUAUUUUUCAGAAUCAUGCUUGUGACACCUCGGUGAAUGUCAUAAGAUGUUGUUUGGCUUCUUUUACCUUCAAGUCAUGACCUUUUGGAACAUACGUUUUGAUUAACUUGAAUAUUAUAGAUAUCUUUUAUUAUUUGCGCAUGCAAGUAACUGCCAGAUUCAUAGUUUAAUUUUCAAGGAAAGCCACGUUGAUCAUGGAUAUUUAUUUUAUUUGAUAUUGGGAAGGUCAUAGGAACUUAAGUGACUUACUUCAGGUUUCUCUGGGGUCAAUAAUACAAUGGGGCCUAACAGACAAGCAGGAAUUUACAGAAAACAGAUAUUGAAGAUGCAUUGAAAUAAGUCUUCUAAUACUUACCACAUCUUCAUAAUUUGUUUGACAAAUGAUCAAGCUCAUCAGGACAUUUUGCCUUUGUUAUUCACCUCUUGGCCUAGAAUGAUUGUGCCUUUCUGUUCACAAAGGAGUACCAGAACUGUAUUUCUGUUACAUUUCUUACUGAUUUAAUAAAGAGAAGCACAUUACCCACUAAAAGGAAAAGUGAGUGAAACUGAUAGAGAAAUGGAGAAUAUUUCUUGACGAAAAAAUGGUAAUGUCUGUGGUCUUGAAUGCAAGAUUAGAUGUUUCAGAAAACGUAACUGUUAACUUUGGCCACCUUGUUAUGAGUCUGUUUCAGAAAUAUUAGUGUGACUGAGAAUAUUAAUGCAAGUAUUUAUUUAUUCUCAAGCUUUGUAUGGUAAAGGUGAUGUUAAAAUAAUAUUAAUUAAAUAUUAUUAAGAAGAUUUUUAUUUAGCUAGCUUUAUUUUAUAAACAUUUUUAUAUAAAAAAAACAUUUCACUUCCUAAAAAGCUGAAGAAAAUAAAGUUACCUUGUCUACAAAUAUGCUGUGCCAUUUUGUCAGUAUUGUUUGCUUAACAAAACAUUACAUCUGGGGUGCUUGUAAACUUGCAAACUGUAAGUGCAAUUUCAAGUAGUGUCCAUUGGGGGAAAGCAAAAAUGUUUGCUCCCAAGCUAUUGUUGUGUUAAAGCAUUUUAUACUUAUUCUCACAGUCUUGCUUCUCAUGUGUUUGCAUAUGUUUGUACUAAAUCAUCACUUAUUUGUAUUUAUUUGAUACAACGCUGUGGUUGUUGUUGAUUAUGAUGGAUGAUAUACUGGUACCAAAAUAACAAGGUAACUCUGCUAUUUCAUAGGACCGUUUGAAAAUGUGGUAAAUGUGCUCAUUGGAAAACAUGUUCUUUAAUGCAGUGACAAUGUGCAUAGACAGCUAAUGUGGCUCUGCUUUAAAGUUAUGCCUAAUGGAAAAUAAAAUUAACCUAACGUU